AUGUCGACACCACCGAGCAUGAGAGCGAGUGCCUCUUCAAUUGGCCCACCUUCUCCGUUACAGAACGCAGUCGAUAAUGGUUCCGACGUACCUGAGGGACCUCUUUCAGGAAUCCCAGAUCUCAAAACAUAUGUCGCAGAAACAGAAGAGGACAAAACCGCUGCCUUGAAGCUGGUCGCAGACAGUAUUGCACAGAUGCGCCAAACAGCCAAUCGCAUUCUGAUGUUCAACCCCUUCAACUUGGCUGCUUUCAUUGCCUUUUUGGCAUUCAUCAGCCAGUUUCUCGUCAAGAGCCGUGCAGAUAUUGCUAUCAUGUUCACCACCUCGGCCGGAAUCAUGAUGGCUGCCAUGGUCACAGUUCGUCGCUUCACCAAUCCGUACAUCGCCCUCGCCGAAGAAGUUCACAUUAGCAUGCUGGAAGAUGCCGAUUGUUUGGUCACAAAAUAUGGCGAUGAGGUGAUUGGAACAGUCAUCCUGGGCUGGGUUGAUGCAGAGACAAAGGGCAAGAGACGCAAGUGGAGGGCUGAGAUCAAGGGCUGGGCAGUGCGACUACGAUACCGCGGCAAGGGCGAGGGCAUGGCCCUGCUUCAAGAAGCCGUCAAUCUGGCCAAANAGAAGGACGCCGAUGGCAUUUCGUUCGCGCCCGACCACGCAAGUAAGUACUUGGUGAUUCUCCCAGAAUCCGAAUUCGUACUAACAACAANNGCAGAUUCCAAACGCGUUCUCUGGGACUUUUACAAUGGACCAUUUGACAAGNAAGAGAAGAGAGCAGCAGCCAAGCUGCAAGCUCUGUGGGACAACAACGCCAAGAGCAGCACGAAAUCGAAGAGAAGAUAG